AUGGGGGACCCAAGACAUACAGAAAUCGAGAAAAAUACAGUGGAAGAAUCUCUUUUGCAGUCCAUGGAGGAGGGACCACAAGUUCAAGAAGAGGAAGAGAUACCGAUUGAAUGUCAGUUCGUUAGUUCAGAUAAUGACGUUGACAAUGAUGAUUUCCACUAUGAAAAGAAUGCAUCCAAUCAUAUUGAGAUUGGAUUACAUGCAGACCCUGCAAGUGAAAUUGAGGUUGGAGGUGAAGAAGAGAAAAGUUCUGAUGAGUUAGAUUGCCCAAUGCCUAGGAGGCUACUGAGUAAUACAACAAGUGAAGUGCAGCCAUCAACACCGAACUCCAAUUUCCAGUUCAUGCCAACACCUGGCAUUGGUGUAACAAGUGCCUCCCAGUUGAAGAACUAUGGUCCUCCACCUGAUCAGCCAGGCAGUUUAACAAUGGAGAAAGCACCUCCACAGAUGCAAACUACUUGUAUUCCACUUGAAUCCAUGGUGAAGGAUUUCCAAAAUAUAGAGAACCAAGAAACUGAAAGGAAGAGGGCAGCCAUGAUAAAAAACAAGAAGGUCGUUCAAGGGUCAGUUACAUUUGUGCCACCAAGACUGAAUAAAAAUUCUGCCACUCAGUAG